AUGUGUUAUUCGAAAUUCUCAGGAGCUUAUUCAAGUCGAAUGCCGGUUAUUCGAGUAUAUGGUACAACAACUACAGGUCAAAAGAUCUGCGUAAACGUGCACGGAGUUUUGCCAUAUUUUUUCGUCGAGCUACCAGCUGUAGAAUCAGACGUCGAAAAUUUUAUUAGAGAUUUUGUGUUUUCUCUGGAGAAAUCUAUCCGUUCUAAGUUAAGCACCCCUUAUAUGAGAGAAAUGUACAUUUUCGAUGCUUCAGUGGUAUCCGGUGUUUCUAUAUACGGUUAUCAUGAUUCAGCGAAACCCUUCAUCAAACUGUACCUCAUUGAUCCUGCCUUAGUAUCUACUUGUUCCGAACUACUACAAAGUGGAGCGAUAUUAAAUCGUGCUUUCCAAACUUAUGAGACUCACAUUCCUUACUUGUUGCAGUUCUGUGUUGAUUAUAAUCUUUAUGGUAUGAACCUGCUUUAUGCAGGAUAUUUUAAAUUUCGUGUCUCAAACUACAUAGGCUUUCCAUCGUUGUUGAAAAAAUCUGAAGACUUGUGGAGUCCUUCAAAAUUCAACUCGAAAUACUUUUUAUCAUCGAAUUCCGCUCCUAAAUGUACGAGUAUGGAGUUGGAAGUUGAUAUAUCUGCAUGGGACAUACUGAAUCGUCGAGACCUUCAAGAUAAUUUGUCCCUGAAUCCUGGUCUUGAAGCUAUGUGGACUGAAGAGGAGAUGCGUCGAGCAUCGCGAACAAAUCAGUCAGAAAAACUGCCUGAUUUACCGACUGCAGAUGAAUUACUACCAGUUGAACAGGAUAUUGGAGUUGAUCUGUCAGGAAGUGAAAUACACUAUCUUAGUCAAUGGGUUGAUCUCCUUCAUCAAUAUGCAGCCCCACCGAUGCAGCAGGAUAAUGACGUAACGUUUACAGAGUCAUCUACUCCAAACGAUGAUUACAUUUCUAAAUGGCUUGAGUGUAGUCAUACAGACGAUGAAGAUGCAGAUGAAGAAAUUGAGAACUAUAAAGAUGAUCAUACCAUUGAAGCGACCGAUGAUAGAAUUCCCGUUCUUCAACUUACUCAAGAACCGAUUGUAUUGAAAACUUUUAUUGACAAUAACACUACUACUAAUAGUAUUACUAGUAGUAGUAGUAGCAGUAUACCACAACCAACGAGAAGCAAAUCAGUGUCAAGUUUUACAACAAUUAGUUCCACUGGUUUACAGGAAUUAUAUCGUCUAGCUAGUGCAACUGAAGAAUUUGAUGCAUGGGUACCAUCGACUGAACAAUUGGAUCAAUUGCAUAAUCAUUUAGAUAAUGUUUCUAAAAUGCAUUGUUCAUUGGAUGCUACUACUUUAAGACAUUCACAAUUAUUGACUAAUGAUGCUGAUUGGACAAACAGUAGUCCGAUUAAUACUGUUGAAAAGGAAAUAUUGAAUCAUGGUUUCAACAACAAUAGUAUAGCUAGUCAAAUUUCAAUUCUCCAACCAUCACAAACCACUAAAAAAUCAAUCGAGCAAGAUGGCCAUGAAGGUCAUAAUGAUGAUGAUGAUGAAGAUGAAGCGACAUUGAUUACAAAUGCAACACAAUAUGCUUUGUCCUUUGUAUGCAACCAACUAUCUAUUACAAAUGAACUGACAGUUGGUGGUAAUCUUUUGGCAACAGUCAACAAGACAAUUGAAGAUGAUGAAUACAUGUCUCAGCCGGCUGGAGGUGAUUUAAACGAGCAUAUCGCCAAGUUAUCAGUUGAUCAAAACACUAAUGAGUCAUCAGUGUCAUAUGAUUGGGAUGAAAUUUCUGAUGAUCUAUUCAAUUCUAUAGAUUAUUUAACUUCUCAAGAACUGAAAUCGAUCAGUGAAAUCAGUGGAGAAGACGAUGAAGAGGAUGAUGACAACGUGUUCCAUCAACAUUCAACUCCAGUACAAAUUGAAAAAAUCAAAGCAGAGAAAAUUCUUCCUACAAAAGAUGAUGUUCAUUUUCUGACUCAUUUACACUUUUAA